CUGAAUUGAUUUGAUACGUAUUUGCGUCUGAAAAUCUUGGAAUUCACAAAUCGUUUGCUUCCUUCGUCUCCGUUCAUUCUCGUGGUGGCUUGCCUUGUCGCGUAACCGCAAUUACACCUUCGAAUCCUGUCGUGAAAGAGAAAGAGUCUUCCUUUGAAAGAGAAGCGUCUCGUGGCUCGUUUUUUUUUUUUCAGUUCAAAUUAGCCGAGUUCCUCAUAUAUCCCCAAUUUGUUGAAUCAUGGCGGCUACCAAUGUCAUGCGGCGAGAUGAGAGCCUUCUUAUUGAUCCCCAUAGAGGAGAUACUUCUGCUUCUCGUGGCCUCUCGCUUGAGAAGAAAAUUGAGGCCCUUGAGAGCCUCACAGGACAAGUUAGCAACCGGCGAUCUUGGAGGUGGUUAAAUGAUCGUAUUCUGAUGGAACUUGUUCCUCGUUUGGAUGCCCAAGAAAUCAGAGGCUUGUUUGCUCCACCACCGUGGGGUGAUGAUGUGCCACCCUCUGCCUUUUCUUUGACUAAUGUUGGAGAAUGGGACAAAUUUAGAAGCAUAGACAUGGACAAGGAGGCCAAUAUCAUGGAUUCCUUGAAUCGGUCAUCCGUGAGGCAGAGAGGUCAUAUGGAUGCUGAUAAAACCGCUGUCUUGAAUGCUUGGCGAAGAAUAGACUGUAGGACAAGAGAUGCUCUUCGACGUAGCUUUUUACCAGAACUAAUCGAGGGAUAUGAGAACUGUCUAAGUCAUUUCAUCGAGGAAGGUGGUGAAGGAGAUGUCCUUGAUCUCAAGGUUCAAGACCCAUUCCAUAGAUUGCUUUUGCACGGGGUUUGUGAGUACCAUAAUUUGGUAUCAACAACUGCAACAGAACAAAUAGGAAGGAUAGCAAUGAAGACAACAAGCAUCAAAUGGAAAAAUAUCGGGAAUUCAGGCGAGAAACCGAGCAUCAGCCUUGCCCAUUUCCUUAGGAUGUCAAAGGAAGGAGCUUGGUAACACGCCUUUGUAACUCUGUAAUUUUAUAUGAAUAAAAGAAAAGCUGCAUAGGCCUCAAUUUGAAAAGGCUCUGUAUGCAGCAAAAAUAUCGAAAAGACUCUCUCUCUCUCUCUCUCUCUCUCUCUCUCUCUCUCUCUCUCUCUCUCUGGCUUUGCUACUUCCCCUACCUGGUGUGGUAUUCUGUAAGCUUGUAUUGUAUUCUCUCAAUUUGUACUGUAUUCUGUAAGCUUGUAUUUAUAGAGGAGGUCCACUGUAGGAUUUCCUUAUCUUA